AUGUCAGCAGAUCAUACAAGAGAUCCAUGUCCAAUAGUUAUAUUAAAUGAUUUCGGAGGAGCAUUUGCAAUGGGAGUUAUUGGAGGUUGUGUAUGGCAUGGUAUAAAAGGUUUUAGAAAUUCACCACAUGGAGAAAGAGGUUAUGGAGCAUUAUCAGCAAUAAAAGCAAGAGCUCCAGUUGUAGGAGGUAAUUUUGGAGUAUGGGGUGGAUUAUUCUCAACUUUUGAUUGUACUGUAAAAGCAAUUAGAAAAAGAGAAGAUGCUUGGAAUGCAGUUAUAGCAGGAUUUUUCACAGGUGGUGCAUUAGCGAUAAGAGGUGGUUGGAAACAUACAAGAAAUUCUGCAAUUACUUGUGCUUGUUUAUUAGGAGUAUUUGAAGGUGUUGGUAUGAUGAUGCAAAGAUUACAAGCUCAACCUACUAUGGCUCCUGUAUAUCCUGAAGAACCUGCUAAAUUAGCUGCUUAA